AAGCUAGCUUCUCCUCUUCCGCGCAUUAAUUAUUACCACAUUGUUGAGAGAGCUAGCGCUCCAUCGAGAUCAGCCAUGGAGAACCACCACCUGCAGCAGCAGCAGCAGCAGCAGCAGCAGCCGGCCGCCGCCGCGACUGCGAGCUCCCCGCAGUACCGGGGCGUGAGGCGGCGGAAGUGGGGCAAGUGGGUGUCGGAGAUCCGUCAGCCGGGGACCAAGGUCCGCGUGUGGCUCGGCAGCUUCGACUCCGCCGAGGCCGCGGCCGUGGCGCACGACGUGGCGGCGCUGUGCCUGCGCGGCCCGCGGGACGCGCAGCUCAACUUCCCGGGCUCCGCGGGGUGGCUGCCCCGCCCGCCCAGCACCGACCCAGCCGACAUCCGCGCCGCCGCGGCUGAGGCGGCCGAGCGCGUGCGCCGCGAGCCGGCGCUUGUCGGUACUUCCGCCGCCGCCGCCGCCGAGCCCGGCGCCGGCAGCAGGGUCCACGCCGCCAGUGCCAGCCGCCUUGACCUGGCCGUGGGCGACGAGUUUGACGACGACCUCGCGUCGCCCAGGCUGUGGACCGAGAUGGCAGAGGCCAUGCUGCUGGACCCACCCAAGUGGGGCCCGGAUGGCAGCGACGGUUCCGACGGCUCUGGCUCCCAGCAUUGGCCCCAGGGGUCUCUGUGGGAUGCAUGCUAGAGCCUGCGUGCCAAGUCAGCUUUUGCUCUGCGACGGUGCUAUACUACCGUAUAUACCCCUGCUAAUGCCCUGAUGCGCCACGUGGCGCUUCCUUCGCUGCUGCUAUUCUUUUUUAUGAUAUUGUUAUGGAUGUUGUCUGUUUCA